GGUGACGUCACAGCCAGCUGGCCGGGGGUAUAUAACCCGCAGGUGAGGUGGGCACGCACAGUUCACAGCCAAACUUCACAAGAAACAGGACAGACAGUUGGACAGUUUCACUGCAGAAAAGCAAGCAACAUGUUUCAAAGGUUACUUCUCAUUCUGGUCGGCCUGGUUGCCAUAGCGAUGGCUCAGGUUUCCGAGAGAGAGCUGGAGGCGGCCGUUGCCAGGGCAACGCUGUCGGUGGACCGUGCCAUUCAGGAGGAGGAGGACCUCUUUGUGGCAGCGUCCGAUGACGACGCGCGGGUCUCCCCCGCCGGACGCCUACUCGCGAUGUUCCGAAAGUCCAAGCCCGAAGCUCGCCCCAUCGCACGGAGCGCCGAGAUCUUGGAGGACGUCACUUCUCAACUCACUAGGACUGGUCAGACGGACGACGACUUCAGCGCGGCGUCAGACUCGGCGGCGACGCGGCGGGUGUGCACCAACACGGAGCUGCGGGCCAUCCGCUGCCCCCAGCCCGACCCCGCCGUCAGGGAGUUCCGCUCCGUCGACGGGCGCUGCAACAACCUCGACAAUCCGCUGUGGGGCGCUGCUAUCCAGCCCAUGAAGAGGCUGCUGCGCCCGCAGUACGCAGACAGUGUACAGGCCCCACGAGUCCGCGGCCGAGGCGGCGCCGCCCUCCCCAGCGCCCGGGAGGUCAGCUUCACCCUUCACGAGGACAUGCGCACUACGUCCACCGUCAACACGCACCUGGUCAUGCAGUGGGGGCAGUUCCUGGACCAUGACAUCACCCACACACCUGUCGCCUCAGCGUACGGCGGCGGCCUGAUCGCCUGCCCCUGCGGCUCCCCAGACAGGCGGUGCUUCAACAUCCCCAUCCCGUCAAAUGACCCGGACUUCGGGGGCCACUCCUGCAUGGAGUUCGUGCGGUCCAGCCCGGCACCCAACCCCGGGUGUCGCGUGGGGCGCCGCCAGCAGCUGGAUCAGAUCACCGCCUUCAUCGACGCCUCCAUGGUCUACGGGUCGUCUGAGGAGGAGCUGGAACAUCUCAGGGAUCCAUCAUUAGGUGGGUUUUGUAUUUCUCUUCAUCGCCUUCUCUCUCCCUUCCUCCCUUCCCUCUCUCCACCCUCAUUUCCCCCUCUCAUCCCGUUGGGGCACUACAGAUUAGUUCCAUGCCAGUCCAUUCAUUCACUAUCGUCCCAUUAUUGUUGUUACGGUAAAUCUUUGAAUAUUCGCGGUGGUAUAUUUUUGUGCUACGGUAUUGUUUCCAUUGCGAAAUCUAUAAAAAUGACUCCUAACCCUCGUUUUUGCUUUGCCUGGAUCAGGGCUUGGCCAGCUGAAGUCCAAGUCCAACCCGGGAGACUCCAGCAAGAAGGAGCUGCUGCCCAGUGCCAUCACCGAGGAGUUCCACUGCCCGGAGUCCUCCAACCCCAGCAGCCGCAACCAGCCAUGCUUCCAGGCCGGAGACGUGCGUGUGAACGAGCAGCCGGCCCUCACCUCCAUGCACACCGUCAAACAAACAAACAAGCAAACAAACAAACAAACAAAAAAAAACAGAGAAACAGUUCAUCUAAUCCAUCCCCUCUGUCCCUACAGGCAGGAGACGUGCGUGUGAACGAGCAGCCCGCCCUAACCUCCAUGCACACCGUCUGGCUCCGGGAGCACAACCGCAUCGCCGCCCGUCUGGCCGACAUCAACUCCCACUGGGACGAGGACCGCGUCUUCUACGAGACGCGCAAGAUCGUGGGCGCCAUGAUCCAGCAGAUCACGUACGCGGAGGACCUCCCGAUCGUCCUCGGACUCAACGCCAUGAACGAGUACGGACUGGUGCUCCGGCGGAACGGCUACUACAGCGGCUACGACGAGACCGUCGACCCGACCAUCUCCAACGUGUUCGCCACGGCGGCCUACCGCUUCGGACACAGCCUGGUCAAGAGCCAGUUCGAGCGCUCGACGUCGUCGUACAACCACAACGCGCACUCACCUGUCCAGCUGACGCACAGCUUCUUCAACCCGCAGCACGUGUACAACAACGUGCAGGGCGGGCUGGACUCCAUCGUGCGCGGACUGGCCAGCACGCCGCAUGAGAAGUUCGACCGCUUCAUCGUCAGCGGCUUGACCAAGAACCUGUUCGCGGAUCCGGCCGGCUCUCUCGGCCUGGACCUGGCGGCGCUGAACAUCCAGCGGGGCCGCGACCACGGCCUGCCCGGGUAUAACGCCUGGCGGGUCCUGUGCGGGCUGCCGCGCGCUCGCAGCUUCGACGAUCUGGCUACCGAGAUCCCCGACGCCUCCACAAGGGCCAAGCUGGCAGAUCUCUACAGCCACGUGGACGACAUCGACCUGUUCGCGGCCGGGCUGGCUGAGCGCUCCGUCCCGGGCGGGCUCCUCGGCCCCACCUUCACCUGCCUGAUCGGGCGCCAGUUCCGCGAGCUCAGGAAGGGCGACCGCUUCUGGUUCGAGAACCAGGGACAGUUCUCGCAACGCCAGCUGGGUGAGGUCCGUAAGGUGACGCUAGCGCGGGUCCUGUGCGACAACACAGACGACACGAGCUCCAUGCAGCGGCACGUGUUCGAGCUGCCCGGCCCGGGGAACCAGCGGGUGUCCUGCGCCUCCAUCCCGCAGAUGGACCUCUCCGCCUGGCGCGAGUCCGCCACCGUCGUGGGACAGGUCCGGGACUUCUUCACAGACUACUUCGGUGGCCUUCGAGGCUGAAGGACGGAAGAUGACGUCACCACAAAAUGCUGCUAUCCAGAACUCACACCUCCAACCUUGACACGAUACAGAUCCAGGAGGGCCAAACUUUACACUUAGAAACGGCACCAAUACUUGUACAUUGUCAGGAAUAUUAUCUUGUAGAUAGAAUGUGUAAUUUUGUCUCCGUAUCUUGUAGAUACAUGUAAGGAUAGAAGUAAGACCCUUCAAGCCUCCACCAGACUACGUACCCUGGAUGGAAAAUAUAGUCAAAUGUAAGGAGAACAAUAUGCCUCCAUGUGCAGUCAGGGUAAACAUAACCCUUCCAGCGGGCUCACUCCCCUGGCAAUUUAUACUCCUUAUUUUCAUACUAUCUAUGACCCCUCAGAAGGGCCUUGUGGAGGCUUAAACCUUAUGCUGGUCCAUUGUUGCUUGCUCAUUUGCACCCAUGUAUUUCCUUCAGAUUAUGAGCUGGUCAAUUAGCUAAAACUAAUGUUGAUUCAUGAAUAUCUUACUACCAGACUUCGUAUGUAUGUAUGUUGUAUGUAAGAAGCUAAUUGUAUAUUUGUAUGUACAUGUAAGCAGCGAUCUUUAUUGGCCUGACAUGGAUGAUGUCUUUGGCAUUUCAAUAAAGAAAGAAAAAUGCUUAAAGUUUGUAAGUUUCAGGUUAGUGAAUCACAGUAAAACAACCUGUUGCAGCUAUGGACCCGUGAAGCUGUUGUGUUACACUGAAGAGUGGUUAUGAUAGCCUAUCAAUACAGAAAUAUAUAAUGACCCAAGAAUACUUAUAAUAUAGGCCUUAAGGUAUCACUUUUAUUUGUAAAAGUACUAAGGAUUUAAAGCCAUAAGUACAGAUUGUAGAAAUUUGAAACUUUGAAUCAGCACAUUUCAACUUUUCUUGUAUGUCUAGUUUGUAUAUACCACUGACUGUUACUAUACAGAUGCACUUUGCAUUUUUAGGGUAAAAAUACCCUUUAAUUUA